AUGCGCCCCGCCGCCGUCGCCGCCCCGCUGCCGCUGCUGGCGGCCUCGCUGCUGCUGCCGCUGCUCCUCCCGGCCGCGCCCGCCGCCCGCGGCAGCUUGGAGCCCCCGGCCGGGAACGGCAGCCGGCCGCCCGCCGCGCCGGCCCCGGGCAACCACAGCGGGGCCCGGCUCAGCCCCGUGCCCGCGAUGCUGCGGGACCUCUCCGCGCUCAAAGCCGCCGUCAUCGGGGCCUGCGCGCUCACGGCCGCGCUCAUCGCCUGCCUCCUGCUCCGCGUCUUCAGGUCUGGCAAGAGGAUUAAGAAGACCAGGAAGUAUGACAUAAUCACCACUCCAGCCGAGAGGGUAGAAAUGGCUCCUCUGAAUGAAGAAGAUGACGAGGACGAAGACUCAACAGUGUUUGAUGUGAAAUACAGGCUCACGUCGAGGAGGUUUUCCUACCUCGUUAUUAAAAGUGAAGGUCCUGAUCCAGGAGCUGCAGCCAAGGAGGAGAUAAAAGACAGAGAAGCAUCCCAAAAUGGAAGGAGUCUUUGAUGGGUGUUUACCACAUCCUCCUGCUUCUACCCUGGGAUGUGAUGACCCAGCUGGGAUGGAAGUGAGUGUCCCCAGGUCUUCUGAUCCCCCAGGUCUGGCAGAGGCUGGGGCUGUCUCUGCCAGACCUCUCUGUCCAGCUGCUGCCACAUGGAAAGGAUCUUUUGGUAUGAUAAAAGAAUCAGACCAGAGACCCAGGAGCCAGGAAACUUGGAGUUUGUCUCUGUCCCUGCCACUACCUUGUUGCCUGAUCUGCAUUGGGUCACUCAGACCAAACCAUCCUGAUCCUGUAACACCCAAAACAUUCUGUGCUGCACUUGGACAAACGGUUUGUAGAAAUACAGAGCACCCACUGUCACUGCACACCAAGUUGUAUUUUGAAGUGCUGGGAUUUAGCUUUGGAGAUGACAGCAAACCCCUC